AGGCUGCAGAAGCAAAUGCUCCGGACCAAUCAUGGGGCACGGACUCAGCAGUAUCUCAGCCUCGGAGCUGGACAAGUUCAUAGAGGUUUACCUCCUUCCAAACACCAGCUUUGGUGCUGACGUCAAAUUAGCGAUCAAUGUCGUGUGUGAUUUCCUGAAGGAGAGAUGCUUCCGAGGUGCUGCCCACCCAGUGAGGGUCUCCAAGGUGGUGAAGGGUGGCUCCUCAGGCAAAGGCACCACACUCAAGGGCAAGUCAGACGCUGACCUGGUGGUGUUCCUUAACAAUCUCACCAGCUUUGAGGAUCAGUUAAACAGACGGGGAGAGUUCAUCAAGGAAAUUAAGAAACAGCUGUAUGAGGUUCAACGUGAAAGACAUUUUGGAGUGAAGUUUGAGGUCCAGAGUUCAUGGUGGCCCAACCCCCGGGCUCUGAGCUUCAAGCUGAGUGCACCACACCUCCAACAGGAGGUGGAGUUUGAUGUGCUUCCAGCCUAUGAUGUCCUAGGUCAUGUAAGCAUCUACAGCAUGCCUGACCCCCAAAUCUAUGCCAGUCUCAUCAGGAAGUGCAUGUACCUGGGGAAGGAGGGCGAGUUCUCUACCUGCUUCACGGAGCUCCAGAGGAACUUCCUGAAGCGGCGCCCAACCAAGCUGAAGAGUCUCAUCCGCCUGGUCAAGUACUGGUACCAUCUGUGUAAGGAGAAGCUGGGGAAGCCGCUGCCCCCACAGUACGCCCUGGAGCUGCUCACGGUCUAUGCCUGGGAGCGUGGAAAUGGAUUUGUCGAUUUUGAGACAGCCCAGGGCUUCCGGGCAGUCUUGGAACUGAUCAUAAAGUACCAGGAGCUUAGAAUCUACUGGACAACCUAUUAUAACUUUCAGCACCAAGAGGUCUCCAACUACCUGCACACACAGCUCACAAGAAUCAGGCCUGUGAUCCUGGACCCGGCUGACCCAACAGGAAACAUUGCUGGUUCGAACCCAGAGGGCUGGAGGCGACUAGCAGGAGAGGCUGCUGCCUGGCUGCGGUACCCAUGCUUUAAGUACAAGGACGGUUCCCCAGUGUGUCCCUGGGAUGUGCCGAUGGAGGUUGACGUGCCGUACCAGGAGGAUCACUUUUUUCGUAAUUUUUGUCUAUUUUUUUUGUUUUUGUUCCUUUUCAUAUUUUGGAGGGUUUCUUGUGUAUAGUGCAGGCUCUCGUGUAUAUCGUCAUCCUCCUGCCUCGGUGCUGGCAUGACUGCAGAGUCCGCCUGAUGUGCCCUGGAUUCCCUCCAUCCUCAAGUGGACAAGACUGUGCAUCUGUCGUCCUGUGAGCCCAGCAGGACCUGCCCAGGAGGCUCCAGAGUCAGUCAUGGCUUUCUGUGCUGCAGGCCCUUGACCCAGAGAGGGAAGGAAGGUUCCCAAGACCCCAGUGAGGGAGGGUCCAACCUGUGAUCAGACUCUGGUCUUCUGACCCCUGCCUUCCUACUCCUGCAUCCUGUCCCAUCACAGACAGCCCUCCUCACAGCCUGCUUCAUCUGCCUUGUCCUCCAACAGUGCUCUCUUGGGAGACAAGAGAUUCAGAAGGGGAGGCAGGAACUCGAGCUUGACUUCCACCUGUCCACCUGUUGGGAGUUCUGUCCAAUGUGUGACCAACGACAAUAAACCAUAGCAAGC